UGAGUGCGUUUGUGCAGAAGGAGGACGUGCUUGCACAGGAGGGAUUCCAACUUUGUUUUAAGAUUGUUUUAAAGAACGGUAGCUGUUCCUUGAAAAAAGUUGGGCUCCAGUGCGACACUUUAUAUUUGGAUUUCUUAGCGGGAUUAUUAGGGGAUUUUUCCGUCGGAGUGGAAGUUUUCUCUGACACGGAUGGAUGGUUCCCAAAGCGGGAGUCAAAGUCCUGGCAGCCUCUCGGAUGUCCUCCUGCACAUGUUGCUGUUUAGAUGCUGUCAAUUGGUAAUCCCCCCGAUACUAUGGCUCGAUGAUUGCGCCCAGGAUGCGGAGUUGAAUGCGUUGAGCUUUGAUUGAGUUGUCUCAGAACGUCCAACGUGCGCUUGAAUGCGGUGGAGCUGUGAUGUCGAAUUGAGCAGCCACUCUCCUAAAUGCAGCGUGCGAGCCCAGUGACCGCGGCCACCCCCGGCUGCGCAUGUUGGGGGCACCGUGUACCACCCGCACGUCUCGGGCACCGAGUCUAAAAAAACCCAUGUGGCACCCUCCGAGAGGCGGACGGGACCGACGCGACGCAUCCGAGACUCUCUAGGUUGUCGUAUGUUCCGGCAGAGACGCUCCGGGCUCGUACGGCGACUUUGGAGAAGUCGUGCGCUCAACCAGAGCGAUGGAAGCGGCCGAGCUGAGGGAGGAUGUCCGUGUGGCUCCGGGCUGCGCAGAAAGGAAAGGGGGACGGUGACACGCGCCGGGGGGAACUCCGCAGGUGAGGCUGGGGAGAGGGAAGAAGGGGAGCAGGCUGACGACGACCGCACUGGAUAUCGCCGUGGACAGGAGGCAGACAGGACGGUGACGUGUUGUUUGUUUGGGGAAUGGGCUCUCACACCUCGGAGCCCACGCUUGCCCACACCAAAAGACAACAGGGGCCCUUGCGAGUGUGACCUCGGGAAUAUCGCUCACCCUUUUCUCAAAAAACUGUCGGAGCAAAAUCUAGAUGCGUUGCUGAAAGCUGUGGAGUCCAAAGGAGGUGCGCUGACCGAGUGCGUCAUGGUGCCAGCAACUGAGCUAAGGUUUGGGACUCAUCAUGUCUCGCCUCAGUUCCUCCUGGCUCGAAUAUACCGAUGGGGCGACCUGCCGCCCUCCGCCCCGCUCAAAGUGUUGCACCACUGCCAAAGUUUUGACCAGGGGGGCUGCGGGAAGGUGUGCUGCAACCCUUACCACUACAGCCGCUUGUGCGGGCCAGAGUCACCUCCUCCCCCAUACUCGGUGUCCCAUUCGGAUGAACACAAGCCACUGGACUCUACACUGUCUUACACUGAAACUCCGUCCCCACUCAUCACACCAACCGACAACACAGAGACCGGUAGUUCCAUCGGCUCCUCAACGUCCGGCGGACAUCGCUCCCACUGGUGCAGUGUUGCCUAUUGGGAACAGCGCACACGCGUCGGCCGCCUCUACCCAGCCUACGAACCCUCACUCAACAUCUUCUAUGACCUACCUCAGGGCACGGGCCUCUGCCUUAGCCAGCUCCAUGCCAACGCCAACCACCGUCACCGUGAGAACCCGGACGGCCACUGCGCAUCCCUGCUUCCGGACUACCCCAGCAGCCGCGGGGGGAACAACGGCAGCGUCCAACUGAUUCGCAGUAAAAUCGGCCACGGUAUUGUUUUGAGCCGUGAGCCGGACGGCGUGUGGGUGUACAAUCGCAGCCAGCACCCAGUGUUUGUCCACUCACCCACUCUGGACCUUCUUAGCGCUCGAGGGCUGAGCGUGAAGAGGGUGAUGCCAGGCUUCUCUCUCAAAAUGUUUGACUAUAAGAGCUCCAACUGGAUGGCUGAGCAUGGCGUGAAGCCUGAAAGCCAGGAGGGGCCUUGGGACCCCCACAGUGUUCGUAUUAGUUUUGCAAAAGGGUGGGGCCCUUGCUAUUCUAGACAGUUCAUCACUUCCUGUCCGUGCUGGCUGGAGGUGCUUCUUAACACCCAUAGAUAGCACACAGCCUGGAUCCCAAUUGUAAUCUACUAAGAUUUAAUAUAAGGUUUAUAUGUUUUAUAAAAUAUAUUACACUUGUAAAUACUUUGUCAUUUUACAAUGCUACUAUUUAUGUAUAGUGUAAUGUUUAUAUGGACUAAGGAAAAAGGAACAAGGAUAUGCACUUUUCAUUCUUUAUACAUGCAUUACAGAGUUUCUCAGUGGUUAUACAGUAGUUUCAGUUUUCAUAAUUUCACCAUUUCAAAUUUUGCCUUACACACGUGUCAAUAAAGCAUUUGUAUUAAAUUAA